ACCACCGAAGCAUCGAGCUCAACUCCCCCUUCUCCAUCUGCGUCUGCCGGAAAGGGUAGAAAGCUCCCGUCUCGCAGUUCUUGAUUAUUCAAGAAGAAGAACGCGAGGAGAGGCAAACUGCUUCCUGUACUCCGCGCUUUACGGUCCAUCGUCGGAACGUAACAGGUUGCAGCAAUCCAAGGCUCCUGUGUUUCUCGGCGAGGCUCGUUUUUCGUGCCGAGGGUUGAGCACCCUUCAGUUUGCACCUUGGACCCUGGGCGCUGACAACCCUGUUCUAUACCCGCGACAGAAACUGACUGUGAUCAGCUUCUCGCAUCUUUCGCAUCUGUCGUCCGGCGAUUCGCGUUCCGCUCCUCGCGGAAGCCGUUCGUUGCAGUGCGUGUUCCUAAAGUCCCCCGCCUGAGCUGCCGCGACAGUACUAGCCAUGGCGGCAGGCGCAGCUAGAGUUGCCUUGCAGGCUCCUUUGACAGCACAACUCCCCCCGUUACUGUCACCCAGCUCAGCACAGACCCUCCCUAAUGUCACGUGCAUCAGAUUGCCGCAUAGAACGGGCUAUCGCCACCAACGAUGUAUCCCAGCCAGGCAAGGACUUCCGUCGCUAGGUCAGAGCAAUCCAGUGCGGUACAGCUCAGUUCGGUGCUCUCUUCAAACGGAACGGAAACGGCACGAAUCUGACAGACUCUGGAGCGCUCCUAACGGAGUCAAACACAGUAAAUCCCCCCAUGGCGGUCCCGACCUAGAGGAGAACCAUCCGUCUUUUCCGCUCGAUGCGGUUCUCGAGGCUCAUCAAAACGCGACUCCCCACCGAUUACAUUCCGAUUCCUCCCGUCAAGAAGCCGACGCGAACUCCUCUCCCGAAUCCUCGCUGACUCUAGUCCCCCACUCUCAUCCUGCUGACGUGGCGAUUGAGAAGCCAUCCGACGUGGCAGCUGACGUGGAACCCGAAUCUAACGGCGAGUUGCUGAGCAACGAAGCGGCCGUAGGCGGGUCGCUGGCCGCGGGAGCGCUGAUCAUAAGCGUCGUCGCGUCGCUCGCGCUCCUAGGGUACAUGUAUAAGGACGAACUCUCCGGCGCGAUCGACUUCUUUACCACGUACAUUGAAGGAGCGGGAUCCGCGGGCUAUGUGGUGUUCGUUAUGGGAUACGCGCUAUUGGAGGUGCUGGCGGUGCCGGCCAUUCCGUUGACGCUGUCCGCUGGAGUGAUUUUUGGCCCGGUUAUGGGGACGUUCCUCUGCAGUCUCUCAGGCACGAUCUCCGCCACAAUAGCGUUCCUCAUCGCGCGGUAUGUCGCCAGAGAUCGCAUUCUGGGCAUGGUGCGCGGCAACAAGAAGUACGAGGCGAUCGACCGCGCAGUGGGGGACAACUCGUUCCGCAUCGUGACGCUGCUGCGCCUGAGCCCCCUCAUGCCGUUUUCCUUGGGGAACUACUUCUACGGGCUCACUUCCGUGAAGCUGCUGCCAUAUGUCGCUGGGACGUGGAUUGGCAUGCUGCCUGGCACGUGGGCAUACGUCAGCGCUGGAGCCUUUGGCCGAUCCCUUUUGGAGGCGGAGAAUGGAAGCUCGUUGCUGGGGGACUCGUCCUUGUAUUCACUGCUUGGAGGGGUGGCCCUCACGGCCUUUGCUGCAACUUACAUCACCAAGAUUGUGCAGGAUGCCGUGAAGGAAGCAGAAUAGGGCUGACAAAGACACUGUUGAUGUGCAUACACGAAGUGGUUGGAACUGAGCAAAUAUUGUGGGGGUAACUAGGGGGAAAGUGGGACAAAACGUGAAAUGUUGGGUGUGCCUUUGACGCAUGCGACAUUCCUAGUACAGCAGCGGUUACGGCAUGUACUUACCGUACGUAACAAGGGUGCAUGAGAUGCACGUAUGCAUGCUUUUGAGAGUGUAUGUGUGUGUUGAUAUUGAGACUAUUCAAAGCUGCUUUUUGAGAUGUACAAGAG